AACAUCCCGCCGCGCGACGCAAAAUUUUUACUGAUAAUUUGACAAAAAAUCUAUGUUUUCUGUUUAAUUUUGGCAAUGACUGAUUUAAAAUACAAAAGAUAUGAAAAAUCUUUGGGUUUGCUCACAACUAAAUUUGUUUCAUUAUUACAGAAAGCAAAAGACGGUGUUUUGGAUUUAAAAAUUGCUACCAAUUUAUUGGCUGUUAGACAAAAACGAAGAAUAUAUGAUAUUACUAAUGUUUUAGAGGGAAUUGGUUUGAUUGAAAAACGAAGUAAAAAUAGCAUUCAAUGGAGAGGAGCAGGUCCCGAUUAUGAUAAAAAUGAAAUUGGUAAAAAGGUAAUGGGAUUAAGAAAACAAUUAAGCUAUUUGGAUGAACAUGAAAGAUUAUUAGAUAGACGAUUGCAGUGGAUUAAACAAAGUACGAAAAAUGUUUUAGACGAACCAGACAACCAAGAUAUGUGUUUUGUCAUGGAUACUGAAAUCCAGCAAUGUUUUCAGAAUGAUCUAGUUUUAGUUUUAGAAGCACCAUUGGGUGCAAAUUUAUCUAUUGGAACACAACCAAAUAAGGACAGAGAAUCAAAUUUUUUACUUCACAUUAAAUCAUCAGAAUCAAUGGGGGUUGUGUUGCUAAACGAUAAGGAGGGGGAGGAAGAGGAGGCGUAUGAAGACGAAGAGACAAAUAGUAAUAACGAAAUGGAAGAUAAUAAUAUCAAAUGUUUCAAAAACUCAGAAGAUGCAUCAUUAAUAAAUGAUUGCCUUUUGCGACUUAGUCCUCCGGCUUCGAAGUACGAUUUCCUGUUUUCCUUGAGCAACACAGAAGGAUUAUGCGAACUUUUUGAUAUUCCUUGUUGAUUAUAAAUCUUUAUAGA